AUGGGGGAGAAAGUUUCGGAGUCGCCUGAGCCGGUGCCCCGCGGCUGCAGCAGUCACAGUGCUUCGACUCCCGCCCCUGCGGUGAAUGCCGAGUCCUCGCCCGGCGCUUCCUCGGCGGAGUCCUCCUCGGGCUCGGAAACUCUGUCGGAGGAAGGGGAGCCUGGCUUCUCCCGCGAGCAGCCGCCGCCGCCGCCGCCGGGUGGAGCUCGGCCGGCCGCUGCGUGGGCUCCCGCGCUCUUGGUGCCGGAGCGUGGAGUCUCAGCGCCGCCGCCGCCGCGCCCGGGAGGAGCCGCGCCACCCGCGCCCCGGGGCAGCAGCGCGUCCCAGGAGGAGCAGGACGAGGAGCUUGAUCACAUAUUAUCCCCUCCGCCCAUGCCAUUUCGGAAAUGCAGCAACCCAGACGUGGCUCCUGGCCCUGGGAAGUCGUUGAAGUUUAAAAGACAGCUGAGUGAGGAUGGAAGACAACUGCGACGGGGGAGUCUGGGAGGUGCUCUAACUGGCAGGUAUCUCCUUCCAAACCCGGCUGCGGGGCAAGCCUGGGCAACCUCUGCGGAGACGUCCAACCUCGUGCGCAUGCGCAGCCAGGCCCUGGGCCAGUCGGCGCCCUCGCUCACCGCCAGCCUGGUGAGUGUCCCCGGGCUCUGUCUGCGGUUGGAUAGGUUUGCUCCGUCUCACCACCAACGAAUACCGUACAACUUUGUGCUUCCGUAUACUGAGAAAUCGAUAUACGGCUUCCCAGGUGGCUCAGUGAGAAUUGUGGAGCUGAAGCGGCUCUGUCUGGCUGGGCAUUUCCUCCUUGCACACCCCCUCCUCACACAAGCAGAGGACCUGUCCCUGGACAAGUACAUCCCUCGGGCAGCUGCUUCCUUAAGACUAUGUGUAACUGAACUUGAAGAGAAGAAGCAAAAUGGGAUGCGAAGUUUUUCACUGAGUCCCCGGAGAGACUUUGCUGUGAAAGCAGAAGUUAUGGGGAUGCUGCUGUUACUCCGCAGAACAGCCUUGUGUCCAUUCCCUCGGAACUUUGAGUGUCUUUUCCUGAUAAACGUCACUGGGAGCUUCUUCAGUGAUGAUCUUCUGGAAUAG